CGGAGAUUAGUAUUCAUGAUGAAUCUUCUUCGCUAUAAGCGGAACGUAAGCAGAUAGUGGCACAAGAACGACGAAUACUACGUCGAUAUGUGGACAGUUGAACGUCGUCUUCGCGAGAGAUAAAAGUUUGUUCAAGGCGCUGUUGAAUUUUUACACGUCGUUUCAGUGAAACAGCAAAGAACAUUUCAUCGUGUUAGCUACGUGGAACGAUCUGCUGACGGAAUUGGACGAUAAGAUACCACUGAUCGAUAGAACAUCUAGAGGAAACUGCGAUGUAUCAAAUUCAGGAUGUACUUUACAUCCAACCACUCUCGAGUCACGAGGAUUUUCAUUUAAAUUUUUACAAUUCGUUCACGAAGGCAGGCAAACAUAUAAUAUCCGGAAUACCGAAAUAUCACUGAAAACCGAUUAAUUGGAAGAAAGUAAUAAAACGUGAAAUGUACCUAUAUGGAAAUUUCGUGCGAUUGAGUUUCAAAUGUCAAGAGUAGGGCGUAAAGGACAUAUACGAUCGGUCAAAGCUUUGGAGUGAACGUAACCGAUUGCAAGGAUAUUUUGUUCCUAACGACUAACCAUUUUCGUAUAAAAUAAAAAGCAUAAUUUAAAAUAUAGUUAAAAAGCCGGUCUGAUAUAAUCUAGUAGAAAUGAAACGCAUACCAUUUAUGUUUAAUUCAUCGUCAUUUGAAUAACAGAUGCAGCGCAGGCCGCACGUGGUGUCCUAUAAUCGUUUAGCAUUUUAAUAGAUACGCCGAUUUCAGCAUGGAGACAAUUGGAAAGCGUGGAUGGGACGUGAAAAAGAUGGAUGCUGUGUUCGUUGUCGACGCUGACGUAUCGACGCGCCGUCAAUUUCAAUAGGUACCGAUUCAACGUGAGCAUUUUCGAUCAGGAACAAGAGGGGCUGAAAUUUCAGGGCAGAAUAAAUCCAGAUUCGACCUACGUUUACUCCAGAGAAUAUGGAAGCCUGGGCGGAAUUCUCCUGGGGGUGCUGGCGAAAAAACUGAACUUCGCGGUGAACGUGAUCGACCCGAAUACGAACGGCAGACACAGCCAUCAGAUGGAGAACGACACGUUCAGCGAAACUGUAGGGGAAGAUUGUCUUACAUCGUUUACAAGAUACUAAACUUGAAGAAUCAACGAAUUACACGAGCAAAUUACGACACUUCUCGCCGUUGCGUCGCAUCGCGUCGGUGGUAUUCGAAUGACCGAUUCUGGCGGAAUCAUCGAAAAAAUUCCGAGUCAACAAGCUAAUAUUUCAUGCGCGAUGUUAUGGAGACACGAGAGCAGUAGAUCACAGUCUUUCAAGAUUUCCAGCCAUCUCUAUCCCUCUGUAUACGUGAAUUAGUCAGCGAGGCCCGAAGGAAAUGGUGGUUUAUUUUAGGCAUAUCUGAAAAUACGCGCACACGUCCCAUCGUAGAGACUCAGUUGCUUGUCGUUGCCUCGCAAUAGGAUCAUGGCUCUAAAACGGAGUCUACUUUCAAUUACAGUGAUAACGAUUUCCAUCGGUGUAUCGCCGAUCUUCACGUGGAACCCCGAUAUUCACCGCUACGAGAGCUACGAUCUCGAAAAAGGUCCGGUCUUCUACGAAGCCUACUAUCCAGACACCAACGAGGAACCUCGCAGCAACUAUCAACAAAAACGUUAUUUCGAUCAAGGAGCCGUUUUGGAGAAAACCUAUCAAGUACCUUCUGAACGUCUCACGUAUCCGACAAACAAUAUUCAAGUGGAUAAUUAUGAAAACAGAGCCAACACCAUCCUCCAAAAUGACGAUCGUUUCUUUCUUGAAACGAACACGCAACCUCUGGACGUAAAAGAAAUCUCGAAGCUGGCUAGAAGAGCAAUUUCCCGGGAUUUGGAAAACUGGAACACCCUUGAGGAUUAUUUGGAUCGCGCCAAAUACCAAGAUCUCGUGUUUCGUCGUCGAAUCGUCGUGCCUGACGGCCUCGUGCCGAACUUGCCAGAUUCUUUGAAGGAACAACGUGAUUUGAGAAGAGAUCUGUACGAAGAAAUUCGAGAAGAACCUUUAGCCUUGCCCAGUCGCAUCGAAUCAACCGAAGAUCAAAGAGAUUCGAUCAGAAGAUUGGCCGCUCGUGAUCUUGCUGACAGAGAUUCUUUGGGAUCGCUCAAAUCGAUUCGAUAUGAGGAUCAACCGACACGAGAACAGAAAGUGAUACAAGCAGUGAGAACGAGUCAGAUAAAUGUGCCAUUAACGAGAGAUACGAAUCCAUCGGAUUCGAGAUCGAUUACAAAUGCUUAUCCAACGGAGAACAUCUUUGCACCGCGACCUCAGGUGAUCAAUUACAUUUUUUCCAGGAAACCGGAAAUAACUACGGAGAAUAGGGUUCGAAACUUGCCUGAAACGAAGGAAACUAGUGAACUUAUGCCCAGGAAUUACGGAGAUAAUCUGAUUCAGGAUGAAAUGAAAAAAACAACAGAGGAUAAAGAUGUAAAAGUGACGUCCAUCGAAGUUAGCGAAGUACCUAGACAUAAAACUCGUCACCAUCACGGGGAAUGGCCAAGGCGCGACUAUUCUCACCGUCAUCAGUCCUAAAAUUUAUCAUUUUCACGUAUAUUUUACUCUAAGGGAAGAUAGAAUUGAUUGAUUGUUGAUUUCGAGAUAAAUUUUAAAAGGAGUUUAAAAGGAACAAUAUUUUGUUUUCAGUAUCGCAUACGGUUGAAAUAUUUAUUCGAUAUAUUAUGAUACAACAAUGAUACAAUUUUCUUUAACAAUGCAUAGAUGUUUCGCUACGCCUUGUUCAUUCAAACGUCGCUUUAUCGUCAUAUUUAUGUAACCAUACACACGUACUAACAAGUAAGCGAUAACACCCCGUAUAUAGGAAAAUAUGUAAUUUCUUCCGCGCUCGUGGAAGCAACAACAUGCUGAUAUUCGAUAAAUAAAAUGAUUCAUAUUCA